GUGAUUUAACUUACACCUACAACCAGAAAUUAGGUAGAUAAUAGCAUUACUGUAUCAUCUUUCAAAGCCCUUGUAACAUUUGUAGGCCUUCUCCUUGAUCAUCAAGCCGAGUGACUGUCCACCAAACACAUUUUACAAACUGACAACUCCAUGUUUGCACCAGUUUCCACGUCUGUUUCUGAAAACGUUGCACUUUCCUUUUCUAGCUCUCAAAAGCAGCAGGAUUGUCCAGAGAGGAGCAGAUCCCUUGGGUCAGAGAGGCACUGUUUGGCCCAAAGAGAUAUGACCCGGUUGGACCCGUCCAAAGCUGAAAGCUCCUGGAUGGAUGAGAGGAGGGGAAGAAACAGGUCCCGCCGGACAUCAGAGUCCAGAGGAGACAGGGAACAAGAGAGUGGCUACUUCUCUCCAGACAGAAAAGGUGAUUGUGAGAAACAGAUGGACGAAGUCCACAAACGGUCGUAUCGUUACUACGAGAGGGGGCGUCCUCUUCCUAGCAACUAUGUUCCUGAGCCCAAAGCAUGUGUGCCCUACAGGACUAUCAACCUUGGAGUGCCCUCUCAGAGGAGAAACCCAGAGACGUACAUGCAAGAAAUUUGGAGAAGUGAAUCCCCAGAGAGGUACACGUACCACUCCAACUUUAGACGGGGAGCUGAUUCACAGAAUAAUUCACCAACACGCCACAGCUCUGUGAGCCCAGAUCGCUACAAGAUAAUUGAACCUCCUUUAGGAACCCGGCGAAAAAGCUCCCUCUCCAGGAGUCAGGCCCAGUCUCAAGCUUCGUCUCAUGGCUCCUCUCCGCUUCCAUCACGUGGUCUUUCUCAGCAUACAUCUGGCAGGUCCAGUCCAUCCCGCAGGAGGGGGUCCAUCAUCUCUCGGACUGUCUCGCCCCCCAGAGCCACCCCUUCUCACAAGCACACAGACUCUUUCCAUUUACAGAACGGUGAAUUUGAUGUUCAAAGGAGAUGUAGCAGAGACUUGAGGAGUCCAUCACAAGCUUCAAACAAACACAGUUUGGACUCUGAGAAGCUCUACAGGAAUCUGGAAUCUAUCUCCCGCCGUGGAUCCUCAGCCAUUCAGCAAAACUCAUAUGAGGGAUCUCAAACAUCUCCUCAAACAAGAACAGCCGUUAACAGCUCGGCCAACACUCACACUCGCAACAGCCGUGAAGUGUCACCGUCCAGGAACGGCUUCAGUACACACAGCCACACCCCACAACGGGAUCCCCAGUCCAGAGACAGCAGAUUGAGUCCUUAUCAAGGCUCCUGGCAGGGGUCCUCACACUCUUUACUCAGCCACCCACCCUCUCGUUGUUCCUCCACAUCAAGGCGAGGUGCGGACUCUCAGAUGCUUGGCGGUUCACUGUCACAUGUUGCUAUAACAGAAACUGACCAUAAGGUCAGCAGCGACAGAAGCAGGAGCAACAUCAGGCGAGGCAUGGAGGCCUUACUGAUCUCUGAACCCAAGAAGGCUGCCGUAGAAGUGGAAGAGGUGGGGAUGACCAUAGAAGACUACAUUGUCCUGGCUGGUAUUCCAACGAUCCAGCUAGAGUCGGAGGAUGAGUUUCCAGGGAUAAGGAAGAGGAACCAGAGUCCCAGCCCAUGCAGGGACCAGAGGCUUAGGACAUACAGGUACCAAGAUGAAAUAAAUGUCUACAGCUCAAGGCUUGAGUCCGAUGAGAGGGGGAGAGGCAGAGAGAGAGGAAGGGACAGACGAGAGAAAUGUCGGGACUCUGAGAAUGGACGAUCAUCUCGAAGACAAUCAACCGCAUCUCUUCAUUCACAGAGUUCAGAUUAUCAAAGUGGAAAACACAGAUCUUCAAAGGUGAAGGAGCGAGCUCCUCCUGAGCACCCGCAAACACAGGUGAGAACUGUCGCAUUACUUUUCUGCAUCUGUUUAAAUCAUGACUGUUUGAAGGAAAAAUGGGUCAUUCAUACAUUCAUUCUAAAGUAG